AUGGAAAGAGGAGGUUCAAGCAAUAAGAAAGCGCCUUACAAUGACUAUGGCUUCAUGGAUUUGAUUUUUUCUUGGUCUAUUGAAGAUAUUUUAGAUGAAGAUUUAUACAAGAAUAAGGUUGAGAAGGUUGGACUGUCCUUUAGGUCCGUUACUCAUUAUCUUGGAUCUUACAAAUACCCUUUGCUGGAAGAAACUCGAGCAGCUCUAAGCUCAAGCAUGGAACUUAUACACCAAGCACCAUAUGGCAGGGUUUUUGGACUUAAACUAGCCAAACCUUUUAACAAUGAAAAUGGUAAUGAAACAGAAAACCCGUGCAAAAAUAAACUGUAUAACUUGAAAAUUGAAGGGUGGAAAAACAGGUUUAUUCGCGGAGAGCCAUACAAAACAUUACCUGGAGAUGUUUUGGUUUUGGCUGAUUUUAAACCUGAAUCAAUGAAUGAUUUCCAGAGAUUUGGAAGAAUGUGGAGUUUUUUGACAGUUGUGAGGACAGAAGAUGAGAAUGAGAGUGAUAAAAUGGAUGCUGUUUGUCUUAAAGUCAAGGCAUCAAAAGAUCUUGAUCUUGAUGAGUUAAGAUACAAACCUCUUUUUAUUGUUUUCUUGACAAAUGUUGGGUCUUAUAGAAAAGCAUGGAGUGGUCUCCACAUGACUGAUGGUAACUUGAAGCUUGUCAGACAAAUCUUGUGCAACGGCGAUGACGAGGUUAAGGGAAGUUGUGAUUGCACUUCUCUAUAUGAUGCUAUGUGGGAUGAUUGCUCAUAUCGAAGAUUAUCAUCCGAUCUUAAUGAAGCACAAAACACUGCAAUUUCUAAUUGUCUUUCUGGUAUUCAUUGUAGUCACAAUGCUACUGUGAAACUUGUUUGGGGUCCCCCUGGGACUGGAAAGACUAAAACUUUGGGAACAAUGCUUUUUAUUUUAAUGAAAAUGAAAUAUAGAAUCCUUGUGUGUGCCCCGACAAAUGUUGCUAUUAAGGAAGUGGCUUCACGUGUGUUGCAUAUUGCAAGAGAGUCACAAUGUUCCGCAGGUGACAUGCUGUUGUUUGGUAAUAAUGACAGGCUUGAUGUGGGCAGUGAAGAAAUCGAAGAUAUAUUUUUAGAUAACCGUGUACGGAAGCUCCGGAAAUGCUUAUCAUCUUUUACUGGUUGGAGAAACUGUCUAAUUUCAAUGAUUCAUUUUUUUAAGAGUUGUGCUUCGGAUUAUAAAAUGUUCAUAGAGAAUGAGAUUUUAAAGUUGACGAAACCGGACAAUAAAAGUUAUAAGCUGACGUCAUUUCUGGAUUUUUUGAGAGAAAGGUUUCUUCCAAGAGCAGAUCAACUGAAAGAUUGUAUUUCUAUGUUAUGCACUCAUGUCCCAAUGUGUAUCAUUUUAGAGCAUAACUAUUGGAAAUUAGUGUAUUUAAAUGCGGCACUUGAAUCAUUUCAAAAAAUGUUGUUUCAAGAGAAUUUGUCUUCUGAUGAAUUGAAGAUGCUUUUCUCUAAUCUUGAAAUGCCGGUGAAUUCUUCGUUAUAUUUUAAGGGUACUGCAGAACAUGUUUUCAAGAAGAGAAAUGAAUGUUUAUCAGCUUUAGAAACUGUGAAAGAUUCGCUUGACAGACUUGAGUUGAAAAGAUUUACAGACGAUGAAUCAGUUAGUGACUUUUGUUUUAAAAAUUCAUCAAUAAUAUUUUGCACAGCUUCUAGUUCCUUUAGGCUGCACACCAUUUCAAUGAAGCCAAUCAACCUUCUGGUGAUCGAUGAAGCUGCACAACUUAAAGAAUGUGAAUCAAUUGUGCCUUUACUUCUGCCUAGAAUAAGUCAUGCAAUUCUUGUCGGUGAUGAGUGUCAACUUCCUUCCAUGGUCCGAAGUAAUGUUUGUAGCGUAGCUGGUUUUGGGAGAAGCUUAUUUGAGAGGCUGAGCUUGUUAGGAAGCCCGAAAAACCUUCUCAACACGCAGCACAGGAUGCACCCUGAAAUAAGUUUAUUUCCAAAUUCAUAUUUUUAUAGUAACAAAAUUAAUGAUUCACCAAAUGUUCAAAGAAACUAUGGUAAGAAAUAUCUUCCCGGGCCAAUGUUCGGUACAUAUUCUUUUAUAAAUGUAGCCGGUGGAAGAGAAGAGUUUGAUGACGAUGGUAGAAGUUAUAAGAAUAUCGCUGAAGUUGCAGUUGUCAUGACGAUACUGAAGAAUUUGCAUAAAGUAUGGCUUGCUAAAAAGGAGAAACUCUCCAUUGGCAUAGUUUCUCCAUAUGCUGGACAAGUACUCAAAAUUCAAGAGAAACUAGCAAUGAUGAAUUACAGUAGCCAUGAUGGAUUUAAUGUGAAUGUGAAAUCAAUUGAUGGUUUCCAAGGGGGUGAACAAGACAUUAUUAUAUUAUCAACUGUGAGAACCAAUUACAGGACUUCUCUUCAGUUUAUUUCGUCUCCACAAAGAACUAAUGUUGCUCUUACAAGGGCUAGGUAUUGUUUAUGGAUUUUGGGAAAUGAAAGGGCAUUGGUAAACAAUAACAAUGUUUGGAGGGCGUUGGUUAUUGAUUCCAAGAAUCGUGGAUUGUUCUUUAGUACGGAUCAAAAUCCUGAAAUGGCUAAGGCUGUCUUGGAUUCAAUGAAAGAGUUAGAUCAAUCACUUGAUUUGCUUGAUACAAAUAGUGCCAUUUUCAGAAAUACUAUGUGGAAGGUGUAUUUCACUGAUCAAUUCCGUAAGUCAUUCCAAAAGGUGCGUCAACCGCAGAGCAAAAUCUCAGUAAUAAAUGUUUUGGAAAGACUUGCUAAUGGAUGGAGGCCAAGAGGGCGUACCGUAGAACUUGUUUGUGAAAAUUCAUCAAAGAUUCUGAAACAAUUCAAGGUUGAAAGGCGCUAUAUUAUUUGUUCAAUAGAGAUAGUGAAGGAUUUUCAAUGCCAUGUUCAGGUUCUCAAAAUGUGGGAUAUAGUGCGACUAGAAGAUAUUCCAAAAUUGGCUAAGAGCCUUGACAGUGAAUUCAGAAAAUACACUGAUGAAUAUAUUCUUUGCUGCAAAGAGAACGGUUUUGAUGGAAAAAUAGAGUGUCCUUUGAGUUGGCCAAGAACUGCAAAUAUCCGAAAGUUCAAGAGUGUCGGUGCUAAUAAUACCGAGGAGAGUGAUCUAGUUGAUUCUGAAGAUGCAAAAAAUGCUGCUGAAAACUCAAUGAUUGAGGAGAGUACUUUGUUGAUGAAGUUUUGUGCCCUUUCACCAGAUCACAUGCGUACUGGCCGAGAUGAUAUUGAAGUAGAUCUUCCUUUUGAGUUAACAGAGGAACAGCGUAACAUAGUUAUCUUCCCUAGGAGUACAUUUGUACUAGGUCGAUCAGGUACUGGAAAAACCACAGCUCUUAAAACUAAACUGAUUCAAAAUGAGAAAUCACACCAUGUGGCCGUUGAAAGAGUGUAUGGUCCGAAUUACACUGCAAGUGAAUCUAAUGAGAUUGAUGUUGAGCUUAAGAGACCUAUCUUAUGCCAGUUAUUCGUGACAUUGAGCCCUGGACUGUGCCAAGAGAUCAAACACCAUGUUUCUUGUUUUAAAAGGUCUAUAGGUGAGAAUGUUUCAAUUGAUGAAGACAUUAAUGAUUCCUUUUCCGAUGUCCCAACCAAUUUAUAUCCACUGGUGAUAACAUUUCACAAAUUUCUUCUGAUGCUUGAUUUGACUUUGGGUAAUUCUUAUAUUAAGAGAUUUUCUGAUCUCAAGAAUCAGAGGAAGAAGGAAGUGAGCUAUGAAAGGUUUUAUUCAUUAUACUGGCCUCAUUUUAGUUACCAAUUGAUAAAAAAGUUGGAUUCUUAUCUUGUUUUCACAGAGAUUAUGUCACGUAUAAAAGGCAGCAUAAAAGCAGCUGAGUGUGGUAAGUUGAGUCGCGAGGACUAUUGUUCUUUAUCCGAAAGUCGAGCUUCGAAUAGUUUGAGCAUGGAAACAAGAGAAAUGAUAUAUGAUAUCUUUCAAAACUAUGAAAAAAUGAAGAUGCAAAAGGGAGAAUUUGAUAUUGCUGAUAUUGUAAUUGAUCUCCAUCGUAGGUUGGGGACGGAGAAAUACAAGGGUGAUGUAAUGAACUUUGUGUUCAUUGAUGAAGUUCAGGAUCUAACAAUGGCACAAAUUUUGCUAUUUAAACACAUUUGUAGAAAUGUUGAAGAGGGUUUUGUGUUUUGUGGGGAUACAGCUCAAACAAUUGGAAGGGGUAUCGACUUUAGAUUCCAAGACGUAAGAUCACUCUUCUUCAACAAGUUUGUGUUAGAAUCAAAAAAUCAGUUUUUGGAUAAAAAGAAUGAGAAGAGGAAAGGUUGUAUUUCCGAUAUUUUCAUGUUGAGUGAGAACUUUAGUACUCAUGCCGAGGUGCUAAAAUUGUCACAAAGUGUUAUUGAACUUCUGUUUCAUUUCUUUCCAAAUUCUAUUGACAUGUUGAAGGUGGAGACCAGUUUGGUUUAUGGAGAAUCUCCUAUUGUUAUACAAUCUAGGAAUGGUGAAAAUCCGAUUCUGACAAUUUUUGGCGGAAAUGGUUACAACGGUGGGAACAUUGGAGGGUUUCGGGAAGAUCAAGUAAUAUUGGUAAGAGAUGAUUCUUCGAAGGAAGAAAUCAUGCACCUUGUUGGGAAACAAGCUCUUGUUUUGACGAUUUUAGAGUGCAAAGGCCUUCAAUUUAAGGAUGUGUUAUUGUACAACUUUUUUGCAUCUUCUCCUUUGGAAAGGCGAUGGGGGAUUAUAUACCAGUACAUGAAAGAAAAGAAUCUGUUGGACCCUCGAUCGCGUAACUGCCAAAGUUUUGUCGAUUCAAAGCAUAAUGUUUUGUGCUCUGAACUCAAACAACUGUAUGUGGCUUUAACUAGAGCAAGGAAGAGGUUGUGGAUUUGUGAGGAUGUAGAAGAAUUUUCUAAGCCCAUGUUUUCUUAUUGGGAAAAGAAGAAUCUUGUACAAUUUAAGAUACUGAAUAGUUCUCUAGUUGAAACAAUGAAGGUUGAAGGAUGA